CAACACCGUUUUUUGUUGUCAUGGUAACUCUUAACAAGCAACAUGGCGGAGGACAAACUUUCAUUUGAGCAAGCCUACACCUUCAAUCUACUUUCCAAUAAAAAAUUCACGUUUCAACAAAACCCAAAGGUCCAUGCUGGGUCGAAUAACCACUCAGGCUUUCAACUUUGAUCAGUCUUUUCAGCCUUAUAGGUCGAAUGACUUUGCCUGGGACUUCUUUCAAGAUCCCCAUGUAAAGAACAAUUUAAAGGUACUUGAUAGCUCUGGAUCAUGGACACUAUUGGGUAGAGACAUCACACAUGUAAAUGCAGAAGUCGUUCCCUGUACAAAAGUGUCAGUGGAUAUGUUUGAUCCAGUUUAUUCAAAUGGAAUUUUGCGUCCCUCUGGACACAUUGUUAAAUGUUACCAUGAAAUAUACCCUGACUUUGAUGAGUUAAGAAUGAUUUUGCUGGAAGAGGAUUCAGACAAUUAUCAUAUAUUCAGUGCAAGUGAUCGUCAGGAAUUUUUGUUCAGACUGUUCAAGCAUGUGGUCUUAGGAGGUGAACUCUGCCAAUAUGAGGAUGUCGUUGACCCUUAUAUUGACACAGCAAAAAUAAUAUACAAAGAUAUGGUCAGUGUUCAGAAGGAUCCAGAGACAAAAACAAUUGGGGUGGUAUCAACAGUCUUGAAAGUUUCUGCUUAUGACGCAUCUGGAUUGUGCUACCCAUCUGGUAUAGAAAAUGAGCAGACAUUUGCUUACCUCAGUAUUGAUCCAUUUAAAAGGCAUGUAUAUAUACUAUACCAUUCAUUUGGUAUAGGGGAUUUUUCAGAAAAUUAAGUGACUUCAUACUAGCCCUACAUAAAGAUACUGAGAUAUUAUUGUAAUAUACUCUCAGAGUACUUAAUAUAUGUAUGAUUAUUAUAUGAGUCAUUAUUCUAGGCAGGAUGUUUUAACACAUUCUUAUUUUUGUUUGUGUUGUUUCUGUAUUUCUUGAAACAAUGUUUGCAUAUAGGAC